CAAAUGGGCUGCUUCUUGCCAUGGGGAUGCUUGCUCCUGGUCCUGUGCGUACUCCACUCCAUGCUUCCAAGUUCUUCAGGCUGCUUCAUGGAGGAAAGGGCGGCCCUCAUGGAAAUUAGCUCUUGGUUUACGAGCGCAAAAUCCGUGGUUCCCAGUUCGUGGGGACACGGUGAUGACUGUUGCUCCUGGGAAGGGAUCACGUGCGACAAUAGCACGCAUCGAAUAUUGCGUCUCGACCUUUUCCGACUCUACCAGUCAAUCCCUACCUAUGGAAGUGAUGGUUCCAUGUCAAUCGAAUCUACGGAAGUUGCAUGCUGGAACUUGAACUUGACAAUAUUUUCUUCGUUCCGGGAGCUUCAGCUGCUGGAUUUCUCUGGAAAUUACGCUUGUUUACGAAAUUUCGACGGUCUACAAGGAUUGCGAAAGCUCAAGUAUCUCAACCUCAGUGACAACAGUUUCAUAGGGAAUAUCCCAGAAUCUGUCAGCAACCUGGUUUCUCUGGAGGUCAUAAAUCUCAAGAGAAAUAACAUGAGUGGGUCUCUUCAGAAUAUAGGUUUAAAAAAUCUCCAGAAUCUACGAGAAUUGCAUUUGGGAUCCAAUCGAUUGAAUGGUAGCCUCCCAGCAUCCUUAUUUGCCCUUCCAUGCCUUGAGUACUUGGAUCUUUCAGAAAACCUCUUUGAAGGACAUAUACCUAUAAGCUCAACUUGGAAUUGUUCCUCGUUGCUUCAAACUAUCCGGUUAUCUGGAAACAAGCUAAGUGGUAAAAUUGAUUUCUUCUGGCUAAGAUAUUGUACUGAGCUCAAAGAGAUAGAUCUGUCCAGGAACACUGAUUUGGUUGUUCUAGUGAAAAUGCAUGGUUGGGUACCUAAAUUUGAAUUGAGAACACUAAUGCUUUCUUCAUGUAACCUUGAUAAGAGCAUGAUUACAGAGCCACAUUUCCUACACACACAACAUCAUCUGCAGUUUCUUGAUUUGUCAAACAAUAAUUUGCGGGGAAGCAUGCCCAAUUUUCUGUUCACGAAGGAAGCGACACUAGUUUACCUGGAUCUUUCGAGUAACUCAUUAGUUGGAUCAUUAUACCCGAUAUGGAAAAACCAAACUAAUCUUCGACUGCUGAACAUAGCUCUAAACCGUAUUGAAGGACAGCUGCUUGCCAAUAUAAGUUCAAUGUUUCCCGAGCUGAUGAUUCUCAAUGUUUCUCAUAAUAAUAUAUCUGGAGUUGUGCCAUCUUCACUGUGCAACAUUGGCAGCAUUGAAAUUAUGGAUCUGUCAAAUAAUAAAUUUGCAGGAGAGGUACCAUCUUGCUUGUUCACUGAUUGUUCUGCUUUGGAAGUAUUGAAGCUUUCAAACAAUAACCUCGGGGGUGUGAUACUUGAUGGGGCUAGUAACUUGUCUGCGGCAGAAAUAUACCUAGACAACAACAAAUUUGAAGGGACUCUACCUAGAAAUCUGUCUGGUAAUGUCCAAAUCAUGGAUUUACAUGAUAACAAUAUGUCAGGAGCACUGGACAUUUCAUUAUGGAAUCUUCCUUCACUGGCAGCUUUGAGCCUAGCUAGAAAUAGUUUAACCGGUGACAUUCAUCCAGAAAUUUGUAAAUUAACAAGCCUUCAGAUGUUAGAUCUAUCGGAUAACUAUUUUCUAGGGCUUAUACCACACUGCAGCAGUACAUUACCACUCCAGUUUCUGAGUAUAUCUGGGAAUUCACUGUCAGGCUCUCCAAAUGCAUUUUUCAACAGCUCCUUCAUUACAGCUUUGGAUCUCAGCCGGAAUCAGUUCACAGGCAACCUUGAGUGGACACGAUAUCUUUCUGAAAUCAGGCUACUGUUGUUAGGCAGAAAUAAGUUUGAGGGACAGAUCUCAUCAAAUCUCUGUUGUCUCCAGUACUUGAGUAUAAUUGACAUCUCUCAUAACAAACUCUCGGGUUCUGUACCACGGUGUAUUGGUGGCAUCCCAUUUGAAGACCCUGAACCUGAAGCUUAUACAUUUUACUGGCCCAGAACCUCCAGUAACUCUUUUGGAGGGGGGUUUGGUGUGUUCGAUGAUACGGGCUUCUCAUAUAACAGUGAUUAUGAACUCCAAGGAUUCACCUUCACCACUAAAGGGAACCCACCAUACACAUACGGACACAACUUCUUCAUGUCGAUGUCUGGCAUUGACUUGUCUGCAAACAUGCUGUCGGGCGAGAUUCCGAUGGAGAUGGGGAAUUUGAGCCACAUCAAGUCUCUCAACUUGUCGAACAAUUUCUUUACUGGCUCUAUCCCUGCAACCUUUGCAAACUUGACCGAGAUUGAGAGCUUAGACCUAUCAGAAAACAGGCUGAGCGGAUCAGUGCCAUGGCAGUUAACUCGGCUAUCAUCCCUAGAGGUGUUUUCUGUGGCAUACAACAAUUUAUCGGGGUGUCUACCAGCCAGCGGUCAGUUCAGCACAUUCGGUAUGGACAGUUACAAAGGGAACAACAACCUUAGAUCAUGCACUUCAAGUUCAGGUCCCAUGGCAGCAAAUGGUGUUGCAGGAAGUGUGGCUGAUGAUUCUGACCCGAUCCUUUACGUGGUGAGUGAACCUGUUGAAAAUAUGAACUUGAAAAUAGACUGGGGUGCUGAGGAGGUAAGAAGAUGCUGCCCUAUGGGGUAG